AUGGGGUUAUGUGAUUUUAUCUAUUGGCAACUGUGGAGGGCAAGGACUAAUAGAAUUUUCAAAACAAAAAUUUGGAGCCCUGAGGAGAUUAUCCAGACAGCGGAGCGUGCUCACCAGGAAUUCUGCGAGGCAAAUCCUACCACCACCAGCAGUAAUCAAGGCCAACCUCUGCCAACUGAUCCUGUUAUCAGCAGGCAUUGGAUCAAACCUCCGGAGAUCACUGUCAAGCUUAAUUCGGACGCUUCUGUUUGCCAGGGUAAGAAUAGAGGAGGAGUUGGAUUCAUUUUCAGAAAUCAUGAAGGGCAAGUCCUCAAAGCGGUUUUUGAGCCAAUGUCUUUCUCUGAUGCCCUUACAGGGGAAGCUGUGGCCCUGCGAGCUGGACUCCUACAUGCUAUCUCUGAAGGUUUUGACCACAUCAUUGCCGAAUCGGAUUGCCUUGAGUUAAUCCGGUGCUGCGAUCAGGGUCAAACCCCUCCUCUCUCUAUCUCACACUUGGCUCAGGAUAUUCGGCAUCUAGCUUCUUACUUUCUUUCCUGUUCUUUUCACUUUGUUACAAGAGACAUCAACACUGUAGCUGAUGCUCUUGCCCGGAGGGCCCUGUCAGUUUCGUUUUCAACCAUCCAAUCUCAAAUCAGCGUAUGGCCUAAGCCCCGAAAUAUUUCAUGGCCCCACCCGCAGGCGACUACCCUCUCUCCCACUUUCACAAUCAUUGUCUCUCCGCCCCUGAACAACCAUCCAUACCUAUCUCCAGCCGUCACUGGCUACCACAGUCUUAUCCUCACCGAAAACUACAACCCCAUUGUAAGCCCAUCUGUCAACUUCACAGCCACCACUCUUCCUCUGCAAUUCCUCACCAUCUCCGUCACCGAUCCAUCGGUGCCGCUGCAACACGGCGUCGACGAAUCCUACACUCUCACCAUCCCGACCAUCGGUUCUUCAGCAAAUCUGACGGCGGCAACAGUUUGGGGUGCCAUGAGAGGACUGGAGACGUUCUCGCAACUGGUAUGGGGAAAUCCACCGCGAGUAGCUACCGGUUUGGACAUCUGGGAUGCACCGCUAUUCGGACAUAGAGGGGUUUUGCUUGAUACGGCGAGGAAUUACUAUGGAGUGGCGGAUAUAUUGAGGACCAUACAAGCGAUGAGCUACAAUAAGCUCAACGUCUUCCAUUGGCACAUCACUGACUCACAAUCCUUUCCAUUAGUGCUGCCUUCACAGCCGGAGCUCGCCGAGAAAGGGUCGUAUGGUCCCGGAAUGCAGUAUUCGCCGGAGGAUGUGAAGAUGAUCGUUGAGUUUGGGCUGGAGAAUGGUGUUAGGGUUAUGCCGGAGAUUGACGCACCAGGGCACACUGGAUCGUGGGCUACAGCUUAUCCAGAGAUUGUAACUUGCGCAAACAUGUUCUGGACAGGACCACCGGGCACUGCAUAUGCCGAUCGUCUCGCAUCUGAACCAGGAACUGGCCAACUUAACCCCUUAAACCCCAUGACCUACCAAGUCCUUAAGAAUGUUAUCCAUGAUGUUGUAGCUUUAUUUCCAGAACCUUUCUAUCAUGGAGGAGCAGAUGAAAUCGUCCCUGGGUGUUGGAAAGCUGAUCCAACCAUCCAAAACUACUUAUCACAAGGUGGAAACCUUAACCAACUUCUACAAAACUUUAUAAACACAACCCUUCCUUACAUUACUUCUCUAAAUCGGACUGUGGUUUAUUGGGAAGAUGUCCUAUUAGAUGCUACCGUGAAUGUAAGUUCCUCAAUUCUUCGUCCUGAGAAAGUAAUUUUGCAGACAUGGAAUAAUGGUCCAAACAAUACCCUCCGUCUUGUCUCCGCUGGGUAUCGAGUCAUCGUGUCGUCGGCGGAUUUCUACUACUUAGAUUGUGGCCAUGGUGGGUGGUUGGGGAAUGAUAGUAGAUAUGAUCUUCAAGUUGGAGACUUACCAGGACAACCGUUUAACUAUGCUGGUGGAAAUGGUGGGUCAUGGUGUGAUCCAUUUAAGACAUGGCAAAGGGUAUAUGAUUAUGAUAUAACUUAUGGAUUGAAUGAGACACAAGGGAAGUUGGUUUUAGGAGGAGAGGUUGCACUUUGGUCAGAACAAGCUGAUUCUACUGUGCUGGAUGGAAAGAUAUGGCCUAGAACUUCAGCUUUGGCUGAAACAAUGUGGUCUGGGAAUAGAGAUGAGACAGGGAAGAAGAGAUAUGCAGAGGCAAUUAAUAGAUUGAAUGAAUGGCGUUAUCGGAUGGUUUAUAGAGGAAUUGGAGCUGAACCAUUGCAGCCCUUGUGGUGUAUAACUCGUCCGGGCAUGUGUAAUCUUGUUCAGUGAUUUUGGAUUACACUUUUUUUUUU